AAUAGAUGAAGUUAUAGAAUGUUGGAAUUAUGGUAUUGAAAAUAACAAAGAUAAUUAAUAAUUCUUAAUCGAAAAAAGUAGUUGAAAUUUAAUUUUAGUUUCUUCAUUAAAAAAUCAAGGUAAGAUUAAGGAACUUAUACAAUUUCUGGAUUAAUAAAUUAAUGAAAACAAAAAUAUAAUAGAUUGGUAUGAUGAGAAAUGUAUUUAUUUAUUAAAUUAUUAGCUAAAGCAUUAAUAGAAAUUAAUCUAUUUAAUCAAGCUCUUCGUUUUGAACGUCUAGUAAACCCAAAAUUUAAAAGUUGCACAUAUUAUAAUAUAAAACAUUAAUUAUGAUAUUUAUCAAUUAACAAUUUUAUUAGUUUUUUUUUAAUUAGAAAUAUUUCGAAAAUAUAAGAAUCCAAAUAAGUUGAAUUCAAAUUUAAAAAUUAAAAUUUAAUUCCUUUUUUCAGGUAAGUGUAAAAAGUGA